UCUUCCUCCCAGGAUUCCUCCUACACAGCUACUCUACGUCUAGUACUAUUAUACCAUCAACAUCACCACUAACUGGCCCCUCCCCUUCAUAUUUAGGAUGCUCUUUUUGGAUUCAUUACCAUUACAACUACAACUACAAUUAGCUUAUGCCCACAAAGAGGGAGGAGGACGAGAUAUAGUUGGGGAUGGGAACAGAGUGCAGAGCGAAAGAAAAGAGGGCCAAGUUGAGAGCAGCAGUAAUGGAUGGCAUUGAAGGGGACAUUCUGUUUGAGGUGCUGAAGCAUCUGGACUCAAAAUCCCUGUCUAUGGCGGCCUGUGUUAGCAGGCGGUGGAAGCGCAUGGUGGAGGAGGAGGCGCUGUGGGAGGGCAUUUGCACAAAGUAUUGGCCAAUGCCAAUGCCCAUGGGACCCCAAAUCACCUGUGUUGUUCGGGCCUUGGGAGGAUUCCGCCGCUUCUACAUCCAUUGCCUCCGCCCCCUCCUCAAAUCAAACAUCAAAUGCGCCUCUUUUACCAAAGAUCACUUCAAUCUCUCGCUUUCCCUCUUCUCCAUCGACUGCUAUGAAAGAUUAGGGCGCCGUUCAGGGACCCCAACUUCCUUAAAGUUCCUCUGCUCUAAACACCGCUUUUCCUCUUGCUCUGCCUCUUUCCCAUUGCACAAAACCGCUCUUCCGCCGCCUUCUCCUCCUCCUCCUCCGCCGCCGCCGCCCCCUUCCGCUGCCAGGGCUCUGUAAGUUUUUAAGUUUUUCGGGUCUGUAAUGGAGUUUCAGAAUUUUGAUGUGGCCGAGCGGCUAUAACCCAAACUCUGCACUGCGCUGCACUUGUGCGAGUUUGAUUUGUAGGGGCUUUGAUGCCAAUUUCUCUUUACAUGAAUGAAAUUUAAUGUUACCCAAACCAAAUUUGAUGUA